AUAAAAAUCCUUUUGUGCUCAGUAAGAAAAUAAGACUGAAGACCAGAAUUUGGCAAGCUAGAAAUUAAUGAAAGUUAUCCCACUGACUUGAGGAAGGAAAUGGAAUCAUGGAUUCUUAAGUAUUUAGUCUAUUCACUCAAACCUCAGGGGAGGAUUUGAGUGAACCAAUAAAGUAGAACUAGUUCCAAAAAAUUUAUUUUCAUUUUUCUGUUUAAGUUUCAAAUCCAUGAACAUGCAAAGAAUCUGUGAUUUCUUUGGUGUGGUGAUUCCCACCAUCACUGCAGUUCUCAAUCUUAAUCUGUUACUUAGUUUUCCAAAAAAUGCCCUGCAGAAUUGCUAAAGGCUAUUUAAAAAGCUUAGGUGACUUGCCCAGUGUCACAUAGCUAGCAAGUGCCAGAAGUGGGAUUUAAACCCAGGUAUUCCUGACUCUGGGCCCAACGCUCUGUCCACUGUUCCCACCCCACCUCUAAAGUUGAACAUAUAACAACUGAUGUGUGGAUUUGUUUCACUUGACUAAACUCGUUAUGAAGAGGAUUCUAUUGGUAAUCGGCAGAGAAAGUGGAAAGUAAUGAGGAUGUACAAAAAGGGAAAAAAAUCAACAAUAAAUAUUUUUAAGAAGGGAAAAAUAAUAAUUACUUGGGUAUUGCAUAAGAGUGGAAAGUGUAAAGGAGUGGUGGGUUCAGUAACAUUGCAGGUCAAAGCUUACAGGCUGAUGAGUGGGAGGAUUUGGUCCAUGAGUAACUGCUGCACUUCCAGCCAAAGUGAGAUGGGAGUUGGGGACAGGGGAAGGCAAGCAUUCAUUAAACACUGACUGUGUUCCAAGCACAGUGGUAAGCACUUUGCCGAUAGUAUCUCAUUUGGUUGAGAAAGGAAGACUCAGUCUCAAAAAGAAACAAAAAUCUCAGUCUACUGGGGAGAUAAUGCCCAAGCAAGCAUGAACAAACAAGAUCCAUACAGGGAGGCUUGGAGAAUUCCUUUGAAGGAGGAUGUUGAACAUUGUUAAGCUAAAAGAGCUAAGAACACCCUUAACUCCAGGCGUGUUGGCUGGCCAGUCUCACAAAAGAGUGCUAACCUUUCCCCUGAAGAAGAAGCCCCAACCCUAGCCCCAGAUGAAGAUUCCAGCAACUUUAGAAACAGGACAGGACAUCAGUGGGGCAUACACACUUGUCUGAAAACCAGGAAUUGAGAAUCAUGGCUGCGAAGCCCAAACUGUAUUACUUCAAUGGCAGAGGCAGAAUGGAAUCCGUGCGCUGGCUCCUGGCCGCUGCUGGUGUGGAGUUUGAAGAAGUGUUUUUGGAAACAGCUGAAGAACUUCAGAAUUUAAUUAAGGAUGGAAAACUAAUGUAUCAACAAUUACCAAUGGUUGAAAUUGAUGGAAUGAAGAUGGUACAAACCAGAGCCAUCCUAAGAUAUAUAGCUGGAAAAUACAACUUGUAUGGGAAGGACCUGAAGGAGCAAGUCCUUAUUGACAUGUAUGUGGAAGGAAUGAGAGAUCUGUACGACAUAAUUAUGUUUUCCCCAUUGUCUUUGCCUGAAGACAAGGAGAAGAAUCUUAGCUUCAUCAAUGAGAGAAUCACUCAAAGAUUCUUCCCAGUGUAUGAGAAGACAUUAAAAGACCAUGGGAAAAAUUACCUUGUUGGCAACCAGCUGAGCUGGGCAGAUAUCCAUCUACUUGAACUCAUCUUAAUGGUUGAAGAAUGCAAGUCUGAUGCUCUCUCGGCAUUCCCUAAACUGCAGGAGUUCAAAACUAGAAUCAGCAAACUCCCCAGGAUUCAGAAAUUCCUUCAGCCUGGUAGUCCAAGAAAGGCGCCAUUGAAUGAUGCACUUUAUGAAACUGCAAAGAAGACAUUAAAUUUCGAUAAAGGCUUGUUUUUUAAAUACUCAAGUACUAUAAUAGCUAAAUUUUAGUCAUGCCCACAAAAGUACUAGGAUGUGCUCCUACAGCAUUUCUAGGUUCAAUAACUAGUAAAUAUGAUAUGCCUCCAUAUAAAUCUUGCUAUAUAUUGGAAAACCUAAUCUUUACAUUGCUUAUUAUAAAACUUAGUUUGAUUAGAAUUUGACCUUACUCAGGGUCAUAGAUUUAUAGAUUUCCUUUUUCUUUUUCUUACAUAUUUAGGGCCAAAUUUAGAGGAAAAUAGAACUUAAAGGGUAAUGAGUCUAUCCUCUUCAUUUUACCAGUGUGGCAAUUGAGAACAAGAGAAGUUAAGUGACUUACCAGAGGUCACACAGGCAAUAGGAGAUACAGUCAUUAUUCAAACUCAGGUCUCCUGUUUCCAAAUUCAACACUUUUUCAACUGUUACACUAUCUCUGCUUCAAUUAAUACAAAUUUUUCUGAAAAGUGGAAACUUUUGGAAUAAAACUGAAAAUCAUAUGAAAACAAGACGAUACUAAAGAUUUCUUUAAAAAAAAACAAAACAAAACCCAACCUUAGUAGAUGAUGCAUAAGGUUCCUUUUAGAUGCAAACCUUUCACAUCUGCCCUGACAGUCUUCAGGCUCUUCAACAAAAGAAGUGACAUUCAGUUAUCUUCACUGUACAGGAUUUAGGCAGGAAAGCAGUCUGCCAAUAUUUUAGAAAGAUUUUCAUUUAAAAAAAAACAACAACAGGAAAAAAAGGUUUGUUUAGUUCCCAGCUAAUGAGAAACUUCAAUUAAACAAAAUACCCUAUUCCUUUCUCCCCAUGACAUUUAAUCAUGGUUUUAUUUUACUUAAAAAAAGAUUAAUUUUAAUACAAUCAAGGAAAAAAACUGAAGGUUAACUUUGAAAAUUUCCCCUUUUAAAAUAACCCUUGUCUUGUAAACUUAAAGGUGCAUUUUUUAGGAGAAAAAUCAGAGCUUUUAUUUCUCCAAACAGAUAUUCUAUUGUGUACCAUUUUGUCAGAACUCACUGCUAGGUAAGCUAAGAAGAAACUCAUUGACACUUGGAGGCAAAGUCAAAGUGGUAGGGUAGAGUGGUAAGCAGAGCUGUUUAGUCUUAUUUCAUUAUCCCCGCCCACUCUGCUACUGAUUUAAUGAAAGGGGAGGGAGGGUGGAGGGUAGGUUCCCAGUGUAAAUUCGGACAGGCCUGGGUGAGUUAGAGGGUGUCUGCCCCAAGCAUGUGAAGACUUCCCCAGGCGGAAUAGGCAGAUGAGAGCAGUUUCUUCCAAAGGUCAUGAAGGCAACAGCCCUUAGAGCUUGGUCAGUCAUGGAAGACGCCAAGGUGAUCCACUGCAUCCUGGGCCAUUACCAGUCAUCCUGACUUUUAUCUUGUGUGGGGUUGAAGAUUGUCCAAUCUGCAAGGAAAAACCACUGAGGCAGAGCUCCUAGCCAACAGCACUUUACUAAAGGGUCCGUGGCUCCUUCCAAUGAAGUGGACCUCAGAUCUUCCUCAGAGCAACUCAAGACAUUAUUGGUCCUUUUCAAAAGUAGUGGAUGAAAAAACACAACAUUCUCUCUCUGCCCCAGGAAGGUAAAAGGAAUCUAUAAUUCUCUACCUCCCCUCUCCCCUUGAGCUCUGAGCCCCCAGCCAGAGACAGUACUCUGUGACUACCUGAGUUUUAAAUGUCCCCUCUCCUGGGGUAUGCCGCAACCCCCCCCACCCCCGCUCAAUUGUCUCCUCUCAAAUGCAAUCCCAAAAGAUAGACACAAACCAGCAAAUAAAUGUUUAAAAUAAAGAAAGUCAAACAUUUUUCCCAUACCCAAAGAAAAAGGUGUCAGGCUGCCAUGAUGGGAGCCCAAAUGGACAAAGGAAAUAUAGAAUUAUUGAUUUGUCAAGUCACCUGCCUACUCAGCAUUCCUAAAAUAAAAGAGUUAUACUAGCUGA